AUGGCUAUUACUGUUGGUAUUAACGGUUUCGGUAGAAUCGGUAGAUUGGUGUUGAGAAUUGCUCUCAGCAGACCAGACAUUAAGGUUGUUGCGGUCAACGACCCAUUCAUUGCGCCAGAGUACGCUGCCUACAUGUUCAAGUACGACUCCACCCACGGCAAGUACAAGGGCGAGGUCACGCACAAGGAAAACAAGAUUGUCAUCGACGGCAAGGAGAUCUCUGUCUACAACGAAAGAGACCCAGAAAACAUCCCAUGGGGCAAGAUCGGCGUCGACUACGUCAUCGACUCCACCGGUGUCUUCAAGGAGAUCGAGCCAGCCACCAAGCACUUGAACGCCGGUGCCAAGAAGGUGAUCAUUACCGCUCCUUCCAAGGACGCCCCAAUGUUUGUUGUCGGUGUCAACCACAAGGAGUACACCCCAGACGUGAAGAUUGUCUCGAACGCGUCCUGUACCACCAACUGUUUGGCCCCAUUGGCCAAGGCCAUCAACGACAAGUUCGGUAUCGACUCCGGCUUGAUGACCACCAUCCACUCGAUCACCGCCACCCAGAAGACCGUCGACGGUCCAUCCCACAAGGACUGGAGAGGUGGUAGAACUGCCUCCGGCAACAUCAUUCCAUCCUCCACCGGUGCCGCCAAGGCUGUCGGUAAGGUCUUGCCUGUCUUGGCCGGCAAGUUGACCGGUAUGUCCAUGAGAGUGCCUACCGUCGACGUUUCCGUUGUCGACUUGACUGUCAACUUGAAGACCCCAACCACCUACGAAGACAUCUGUGCUGCCAUGAAGCACGCUUCCGAAAACGAGUUGAAGGGCAUCUUGGGCUACACCGAGGACGCCGUUGUCUCCACCGACUUCAUCUCCGACUCCAGAUCCUCCAUCUUUGACGCCAAGGCCGGUAUCUUGUUGACCCCAACCUUUGUCAAGUUGAUCUCCUGGUACGAUAACGAAUAUGGUUACUCCACCAGAGUUGUCGACUUGCUGGAACACGUUGCCAAGGUUUCCGGUUCCGCUUAA